AUGUUUAUUGAUGUACAUACGUAUAUCGAGGGUGGUGGAUCUUCGCUUCUUCUCCGCAACGGAAAUCCUGCAGACGAGGGCAGAUACACCUGUGCAGCCAUCUCUCCAGCAGGCAAUGCCACCCUGAAUGUGAACGUACAACUAAUCAAGAAGCCAGAGUUCAUUGUGGAUGAAAAUGAGCCACUUGCUGCUGAGUUGAGUGUACGUGAAGGACAAAGCAUGGAAUUGCCUUGUCGUGUGCGCGGUACACCAACACCAGCAGUCACAUGGAGUCUUGAUGGAAGACCCAUCAGUGUCAAUUCUAAGGACUACACGAUUACGCAAGACAACACUCUCAUCAUCUUAAACGCCGACAAAGCUAGUGCUGGAACAUACACCUGUACUGCUAUGAACCCUGCUGGAGAAAGUGAACAGGUAUGCUCACAUUGAUG